UAAAGCACCUCUUUUAAUUAAGCUCCAUUAUAUAAAAUAAUGAAAAACGAAGUCGAAUUACCAAUAACAAAAACAAACGAUCCUAACAGUUUAUUUUUAAGGACCUAAGCAUCUCGUUUCUGGAAUAGAAUAGGUCAUACAGGAAGAGCAUUUCCUAAAAGAUCACUUUAUUUAGGUAUAUUUGGAGUUUUUUCAUUAAGUAUGGGUUUCUUAACAAAAUUAGAAUCGAAAAGAAACCAUAAAAAAGUCGAAUAAAUGAAAGAAUAAAUGGCCCUUCCAUAAUUAGAAAUAAAAGAAGCAAAACAACUAUUUGACGAAAAUACUAGACCAAACAGUCUUUAUAGAACAAUAAAAAUAAAAGGAAGACCUAUCCAUAGAAAAGGAAUGAUGAUUCCAGUAAAAUCAUACGGUUUAUAUGGAUAUGAAUAUCUUGUUCCUUUAGUAACAUUUGAGAAUGAAGAUGAAUCACAUUAAGAAGGAUUUAUUUUAAAUUUAGGAUUUAUUCCUCAAGAAUAUGCUGAAAUUUCUUAAAGAUGUAAAAUAGAAAAUGUUGAAAUUUAAGAAUUUACUUGUGUAGUUAAUGAUUCUUAACAUUUAUAAAAAUAGGGAGGAAUUUUUGCAAAAAAUGAUCUUGAAAAAAACAAAUGGGAAUAUGCAAAUUUAAAAUAAUUAACAUAGUUUACAGAAUUCAAAAAUUAAGAAUAAUGUCAGUCUUUUAUACUAGAAUAAGUUAAUCCUAAUACAGAACUUAAUGAAAAAAAUUGUUAACAUUUAAAUAUUAAUAGUGAUUAUAGAGAAGAUUAUCCUUAUAUAUUCACUAGAAGUGGAAUUCUUUAAUAAGGAGAUAGAAUGUAUUGGAAUUUAAAUAAAUAUUCAAAUAAUUAUUUAUAUAUGGGAUGUACUUCUCUUUUAAUUAGCGCGCUUUUUACUUUAGCUAAAUGAAGGAAAUAUUUCUCUUU